AUCCGCUGCGAAAAUACCUCUCAGAUUAUAGUUUAACCUGCAGAAUUUUAAGCAAAAUGGCGACAGUGUAGUGGAUGGAGGACGAAAAACGUAAUGUCAAGUGUAAUGACAAACGUUCCAAUUAUUAUUGUUUUUUGCAUUGGGAAGGUGGGUUUUCAGAAGACCGUAGGGUGGAACCAAUGGUUUGUAAUAGACUGUGUGUGGAGUCUCUGCCGGGUGAAGUGCUGUGUCCAGUCCACCGGUGUUGUACAGGACAGGAAGGCUGCAGCAGGGCCAUCUGUUGGUCUCGGUUGGUAUUGGAAGAGGUCCACAUACAUGUGAUCAGAACAUACUGGUGAGAUGGCUGAUAUAAAGCCAAAUGCACAAGAGAACAAAGAAGGAGAUGUGGUGGAACCAGUGUGUGACAGCUCCGGUGCCACUCAGGAGCCAUUACAGCGUCACACGUCUUCCCUGAAGAACAAUGCUGCAGGUCUGUCAGAGCAGCUGUCUUCUGACGGACUCCCAAACCCUUUAAAUGGAGCACAGCCCAGUUCAUUUGUACCCAGCAGUGUCCCUGCUGUUCCCCACACAGCCCAAGCAGCCCAUUCACUGCCUUCAGGAGCACUUGUUAAUGGACCUGGUUCACACCCCGCCUCAGAGGAGAGCUGUGGCCUGAACAAAAACAGCACAAUGUCCAACAAUGUCCUGGUGGAGGCCCAGGACGCCCAACUACGACAAUCUGGGAGGGACACAAGCCCUCAGGUGUUACCACCACCCAGUGAGCUUCAAUCAGACGCCCUGAAGAACCCAGCAGGGCUCGUUCUGAAAACACUAGCCACCACGCAGCCAGGGGCCAACAACACGUCACCAUCAGACUCUGAGGCUAGUGAGGCUGAACUGCCCUACCAGGCCCUCGACACCACCUUGUCAGGCCACAGUCCACAAUCACACCAAACGCCAAUUAACCAAAUAUGGACGGCCCAGGGAGUCGAGGCUAGAGCUAGAUCUAUAUGGGACUUAAACACCACAGAGUCCUCUGAGAGCUCGUCGGACGGUUUUGACGGGACUGAUGCACUACACUGGGAUUCACAGAAAGAGCUCAUACGGGCGUUGUGGAAGAAUCGCACAGUUGACAGCAGCUUAGAGACAAACACUGCAGGAGUGGGAGUGAUGUCUCAGCUUACCAACCAAAGACAGAGGAAGCGUAAAAUACACCUGGUGGGUACGGCAGGCUCUCCUGAAAAAGUUUACAACUGCAGCACAAAUCACACCUACAAAAAGUGGUAUAUUGAAGAGGAGGAGGAGGAUGAGGAUUUUGACAUCUCCAACAUAAAUGAAGAUGAUUCCUCCUGUAAAAAGGCUGAUGAACAAUCUUCUGUGAAUUCAUGUCAAGAACAUCCCAGUGACAGCCCUGUAAUCAUUAAGAAGCUGAUUGUAAGAGCAGAUUGCCCGAAGGACAAUCACUCAAUCUCCCUCUUUAGUAGAAAGCCCAAACCGCCUAAGACAGAGCAAUCCGAACAAGAACCCUCAUUCUUCCCAUGCACAAUGUGCAAUGUUAAUUUCAAGGAGAAAAGGCAUUUGCAUAGACACGUGAUGUAUCAUUUAGAUGGGCAAAAUCAUCAGGUACGCCACCACGCGAAAGUUCCCCGGCCUUUUAUAUGCAGGGAGUGUGGGCGUUCGUUCCGCGAUCGCAGCUCCCUCCUCAAGCACAUGAUUAUCCACCAGGCGAGACGGGAGAAACUCAUGGAGGAGAUACAGGGACUCAACAAACUCCGAGACGAAGGCAGGAACGCCAAGCUCCAGUGCCCGCAGUGUGUGUUCGGGACCAACUGCCCCAAGACGUUUGUCCGGCACGCCAAGACACACAACAAGGAUAAACGUUAUUACCUCUGCGCGGAGUGCAACCACGUGGCAUUGACGGAACGGGAGCUUGAAGGACACCUGUACGCGAUGCACUGUGACACACUGAAGUCCAAGUACAAGAACAUGAUCAAAGAUGAGGAGUCAGAGUUUCUUAGAGAUAACUAUGAUGAAUCCAGUCAUGUUCUGUUUCACUGUAAAGUGUGCCAUUUCAGCACCCAGAAUGAAGAUUGCCUUAAAAGGCAUUGUGAGCUGAUACACCAACAGUCUGAUUCUGAUGAUGAAUGUGAAAAUCCGCCAUUUAAAAAAGCACUUAACAAUCCAGAUCAAUAUAGCCUAGCUGACCCGUCCAAAAAAGCAGCAGAUUUAAAACUACUGCAGCUAAAGCCAAAGUUCAGUAUUAAAAAGCCUGCUUUCUGGAAAAGAGCAGAUUUUCGCUUUUGGUCCGGUAGUGUAGCUGACUUUUACAUGAGAGACACAGCAGACACACAGAAGUCUUACAAAGGUCUUACCUCCUCUCAGUUCAAGUGCAGCAUUGUCAGCUCAGCAAACAAGCUGUCACCAUCCCUGUGGAGGAGUGACAAGCCAAGCAAAUUAUCUCCUAAACCGACAGAGAAAAUAGACGUGACAACAGGUCUCCCUUAUGUUGAGGAAGACAAUCAACUAUACGACCAUGUGGUUUCAGGAAUCUCGGAAAGGACAAAAUAUCCCUCAAAUGUUGAUGUGUUUCUUACAUCCAAGAUGAUUAAACCAGGCCAGAUGCUGUAUCAUAGCUACAACUCUGGCAAGAGUCAGGGAGGUAGCAACAACUUGACCGGCAGGAAGUCAGAGGCACAAGCUGUUACCCAAAAGACCCCAUCCAAAAGAAAAAUGUCCACUCCCUUCCACAACAGUGUGGACAAGGUGGUUGAUAAUGUUUUGCCAAAACUGAACCCAAAAUUAAAAGAGACUACCACUCCUGAAGACACAGAGGGAGACGAUGAUUAUGAGGACACGUAUGACUUUAGUGCUUACACCAGCGAGGCUACAGCCAACUUCCUGGAUAGUAGUGAGAACGAGAGGAACCCCUACGCCCGUAGCUACUUCAUACGCAGACAGAGGGGUUCUUCGAUCAAAGAGAAUCCUGCACCUGGUGCUGACAUCGGCCGUUUGGGAAAGAACGCCGUUCAGGUUGACCACCAUUUUAAUAAGACUGAAGACAAGGACGGGGAGUAUGACAGCGAUGACAUACAGAAGCUUAUCAUCAAAGAAGAGUGUAUAGAAAGCUCAGUGUGUGACGAUUCUCCAGAGUCACCCACCACCACCGGCACACACAACCAGAGUCUCUCCUAUGACUAUGACUUCUCCCCUUCUUUUGGAACAGAAAGGAAGUCCUGCCCCUACUGUCCUGCUGUGUUUGAGUCUGGGGUGGGCUUAUCCAAUCACGUGCGAGGGCACCUGUACAGGUUGGGGCUGAGUUAUGACGCUCGCCAUGUGGUGUCACCUGAGCGGGUAGCCUCACAGGACCGACAGCCACGCGUACGCAGGAAGGUCCCCUCUGUGGUGCGGAGGAUCAAAAAAGCUGAGAAGCCGGAGUCUCAGGCGGAGCACACCUGUCCCCUGUGCUGGGGCUGGUUCGACACCAAGACAGGCCUCUCCAACCACGUGAGGGGCCACCUGAAGCGAAUAGGGAAGACCAGCACCAGCACCAGUAAGAGUCCAUUGUGUAUUCUCAAUGAGCUGCUAAAGGACGAGCAGGAACACCAGAACAUCCUCCAGAUUCUCAACAGGAAGCAGUUAAUCUCCCGACCAAUCAUCUCCCAGAAGUUCAUUGGCAGCGACGGGCUCUUCCUAACACCGAUGGGGAUCCCAGUGAAGAUCCAACAUGGCUGCCAGCUGGGCCAGAAUGGCACUCCCACUCCAUGGGAUCCCAGUGCAAAUACACCCAGGCAGGAGGGAGUUGAGAGAGAGGAUUUCUUUCCUAAGAGGAAGAGUAUAGAGAUAGGAGGUGUCAUUGAAUCUUCCCGGAGCACUUUAGGCAAGCUUUUGCGGAAGAGGAAGUUGGACAAGGAUGAUGAGGAUAAGAACCACUUUACUGUGACCAAAGAGAGGGUUGAGGGGAGACAGAACCAACAGGCCAGCAACCUGGAAACACACUGGGCCCAUGAGAGAAAUGCAUCUAAUAAGAAGAUUUGCGUUCACUGUAACACAACAUUUCCCAGUGCUGUUAGCCUGUCCAAUCAUCUUCGCGCUUACGCACGCAGGAAGAGGGUUGCCAUGUUAGAAGGAACAACCUAUUCCUGUAUACUGAAGAAGCCUAGGUUGAGGGCUGGACCAAAGAACACCUUGUUCUCAGCUCUCCCAUGUGCUGUUGAGGAGAUGUAUAGACUCACCUGCAGAUUCUGUGACCUCGUCUUCCAGGGUCCUCUGUCCAUCCAGGAGGAUUGGCUCAGGCACUUACAGAGGCACCUCAUGCACACCAGUGUCCCUCGCACAGGAGCUGGCAUGGUGGAGGUCCUGCGACUACACAAAGAGACGCCCUCCUUGCUCCCCCAGGAGCACCCCUCUCGGGAGCACCUAACAUCCAAUGAGCCCCCCACGGCUCAUGAGCCCCAGACGCACCAUGAGCACUCCUGCUUGGAACACCCCUCUCCAUAUGAUCACCCCUUGCCCCAGCAGGAGCCCCCCUUGCCCCAUGGGCCCACCUUGCCCAACAUGCACCCCGAAACCCACGAGCACCCUGAGCUCCAUGAUGAGCAUCCCUUGCACCAUGCACACCCCUCGUCCAAUGAGCACCCAAGCCUGGAGCAGCACACGCCCACGUCCUUUCCAGAGCUUCUUCCAGUGGCGUCCUGAACUAGAGGGUUGUUUACACAUUUUCACUUUAUAUCUUUAUCCUCUACAUGUAAAUAUGGAUAGACACACAGAAAUAUAGAUAGAUAAAACAAUUCUAAAGCUAUAUGUUUUUCUUAAUAUGCACAAUACCAGCCCUUCCCUCUAUUUUAUAAGACCUGUCUCUAUACUGUAUAUGAUGGAUCUUGUUACUUAUAUGUACAGAAACAAAGACUUGUGCUUGAGAUGCAAAAAUGCCAACAAUCGCUGAAGCUAGAACAGUAGUCAGUUCAGAACCUUGUAUCUCAACUUUUCUAAACGAACGUUUGCACUCUGUAACCGCUUCUACUCUACUAUGUUUAAGUUUAACCUCCAGGUAAUCUUGCCAUCUUGCAACAGGUACACAUGUUAAAUGUGUCUUCUUGCUUCCUUCUUUGCACUGUUUAGCAGUCAGUCAGAACGUUGAACCCAUUACCAAAUGAGACAACUGACACCUCAGCAUUGUGCAAAUGAUAAAUGCUUUGUCCGUUACCUUUAACUGUGGCCUAUAGAAGCCAUAAUCAGAAUACAGGGUCAAUCAUAAACAGUACCAGUCAAAAGUUUGGAGACACCUACUCAUUCCAGCGUUAUUCUUUUCUUUUUACUAUUUUCAACAUAUGUUCAACAACAUGUAGAAUAAUAGUAAAGACAUCAAAACUAUGAAAUAA